AUGCGAUGUCCAUGCUCGCUGCUCGCCGUGCUCGCCGUGCUCGCCGCCGCGGCGGUGGUCGAGCAGCUCGCCGUGGCGCGCCCCGAGGUGGCGCUCCUGCGGCCAGCUUCAUCACUGAGGCCUUGCGGCGUAUAUAAGCAGCAGGGCGCCUCCCCGACGGUACGUUGCACUUCCAACCGUCCCACUACAAUGGCCGCCAAGUUCGUCGCUCUCGCCCUCGUGGCUCUGUUCGCCGGCGCGAACGCCCAGCUGUCUGCGACCGCUGGUUCCACCAACAUGUUCAGAAGCCUCGCCCAGUUCGGCAAGAACUCCGCUGCCCGCCUGGCCGCUGACGGCGCCAGAAACCUGGCUGCCAUCGGUAACCUGGCCUCCACCGGAGUCAACGCCGCCGAGGACAUCAUCAACGCCGGCGUGGGCGUCAGCAGUGGCAUCGCCAGCACCGUCAACCAGCUCGCCUACAACGGCGCCGUCAACGCCGCCAACGCCGCCCGCCAGGUGGCCAACAUCAAGCAGGGAGUCCUCGAGACCGGCAUCCGCGUCGCCGCCGACGCCGCCCAGACCGGCCUGAACAUCGCCGCCCGCGGAGUGAACCUCGCCAAGUCCGCCGCCGAGAACGCCUUGGCCCUGGGAGCCAACCUCUCCAACGCCGUCCUCGACGCCACCUCCAUCGCCGCCAACCGCGCCGCCAACAUCGGCUCCAACGUCGUGGCCGCCAAGGGGAACCUCGCAAACCGCGCCAUCAGUGCCACCGAGAACGUCGCCACCAGGGUGGGAACCUCCAUCGACGGCGCCAUCAACUCCGCCUCCAACUCCAUCCAGGGCCUCGUCUCCGACGCCUCCGCCGGCAUCAACAGCGGCAUCAACUCCGCCGUCAACGCCGGUGUCAACGCUCUUAACAACCUGGCCGUCAACGCUAUCAACGCCGCCAACACCGCCGAGGUCGCCGCCGCCGACGCCACCGCUGCCGCCGCCGCUGCCGCUACCGCCGCUGCCAACACCGCCGAGGUCGCCGCCGCCGACGCCACCGCUGCCGCCGCCGCUGCCGCUACCGCCGCUGCCAACACCGCGGCCGACGCUAGCCUCAACCUGUCCGUCACCGUCUAAGCGUUACAUGAAGCGCGCAGUGGGCUGAGGGAGGCCGACGCUCCGUUUCUGAAUAGAGUGUGUCCUGGUGGCAGGAGGUUCUUCAUGUCAUAAAGGUCCUUUCUCUUCCAUCAAGAUGGGCGGAGGAAGUAGUCUUUUCUGGCAGGAAGUACGUCCUUCUGGGGCAGAUCCUCUUAAAGGAGCAUGAGUGGAAGCUCGACCAGUUGAAACGUUCUACGAUCACGACGUUUAAUCCGAUGGAAUAAAAGACAACACACAACCCUGGA